AUCGAGUCAGGGACAAGGGUCCGCUUCCGCAUGUCAAUAGGCGAGGCUGAUAAGGACGUUAUCAAAGCCGAUGGCGCAUGACCGACUAACUCCGCAACGGCUGUGUCACCGCCAGUGUACAGUGUGCAGUACCCUCUCCUCCUCUCACUCUCCCACUUGCAUCUUUGUUCUUUACUUUACAUUUGUAGCCAGUAUUCUUCUUCGCGAGAUUCUCAACCUGCUCGCCUCAGGAGCACGUAGCAGAGCUCAUACGCUCUGACAUCACCGCCAACAUGGCGUCCAAAGCAAUGAUCCCGGUCCUGGUAGCCAUGAUGCUCCUGACGGGCAUGUGCAACACUCUCUUUACCAAGUAUCAGGACAUGCAAUGCGUUGCCAACUGUGACGAUCCCAACCCUGCCAAACGCAAGAACUUUGAGCAGCCCGUCAUUCAAACACUCCAGAUGUUUGUCGGCGAGUCUGGCUGCUGGCUUGUUGUUCUCGCCUCGUCCAUCUUUUCUCGAUACAUCAGCAAGUCGUCUGGCUCUACUUCCUACCAACCACUCGACACCGAGGACAGGACUGAGUUGGGCCGCGACCCGCUCCCACAAGAGGAUGUUGAAGCUCCCGCCGAUGCCACAAACGUUCCUGCCAAACCCUUUGCCGAUGCUGAGGGUUCUGGCGAAAGACUGCCGCUCAAGGGUUGGAAGAUUCUCUUGCUUGCCCUACCUGCAUGCUGCGACAUUGCUGGAACCACCUUGAUGAACGUCGGUCUGCUCUUUGUGGCAGCCAGUAUAUACCAGAUGACAAGAGGUGCUCUUGUGCUCUUUGUUGGACUCUUCAGUGUCAUCUUCCUCAAGAGACAUCUGAAUGCUUUCAAGUGGGGUAGCUUGUUCAUCGUCGUAGCAGGAGUGGCGGUGGUUGGUUUGGCCGGAGCUCUGGAGAACAAGAAGGCUACAGUUCCUGGAACAACACCUGGUUCUGACCCUCCUGGCAUGAACGAGCUUCGUCACCAGAUGGCUCAUAGCACAAUCCACAUGCUUCGUGACGUCGCAAAGAACGUGAAGGUGGCUGCUCAGGAACAUUCAGCUGCCCAGACCAUAGUAGGAAUACUUUUGAUUGCUGGAGCGCAGAUCUUCACUGCGUCGCAAUUCGUCCUUGAAGAGAGCAUCAUGGCUAAAUAUGAGCUGGACCCGCUGGCGACUGUCGGCUGGGAAGGAGUAUUUGGCUUCUCUGUCACAGCCAUUGGUAUGGUUAUUCUGCACUUCGCAGUUGGACGCACUGAGGCUGGUAGAGGUGGUUACUUCGAUGCAAAGGAGGGACUUAGCCAGGUCUUCCAGCAUCGAGCUAUCGCUUUUAGCAGUUUGCUUACGAUGGUUUCGAUUGGUGGCUUCAAUUUCUUCGGACUGUCUGUCACACGUACAGUCUCUGCAACAGCACGCAGCACGAUUGAUACAUGCAGAACACUGUUCAUCUGGGUAGUCAGUCUUGGGCUAGGAUGGGAAACCUUCAAGUGGCUGCAAGUGGUCGGCUUUGGAUUGCUGGUGUACGGCACCAUGCUGUUCAACGAGAUUAUCCAACCACCCACGGUAGGAUUCAUGCGCAAAAGAAUUGCGCUCGAGUCGGAGGAUGAUAGAAGAGGGAGAAGCGAAUAGCGAUAGGUCAUCUGUUGUCGGUAAAUAGAUAUCAAUUGCUCUAGAGCAGAAUUAUGCACGUCAUUGCAC